AUGAAAGUGUUCGAGUCGCUGAAUUGCUUUCUUUGCAAGAAACCGUUUGCCCGUAUCGCCAAUCAGCCUCGUUCACCACGGAUCUUGAAUUGCGGAUUGGCCGUAUGUCAUGAAUGCUUUGAGAUGGAAAAGGCUAAAUCGUUGGCGACAAACUUUGUAGCACAUCUAGUUGGGAGUUAUCUAUUUGGUAAUGUGAGAAAACAUCAUUGCAACUACACGUGUUGUUACUCGAAUCCCAACUUUGCAUACUAUUUAAUUGAUAUUCUAUCGCAAGAAGAGUCUCUUGUACUCGCUCCAACAAAAGACGGAUAUGUACUUGAGAAGCCAUUCCAAAUUCCUGAAUGCCCGGUUUGCCAUGACGAAUAUUCAAUCACGGUCGAAGCAAAGAAAUCUAUCAUUCUCGCUUGCAAUCACGCCAUUUGCACGGAAUGCGCUUUGAACUUACGGGAACUGAAUCCGAAUGAAGUCAAUGGAGAGAAUAAGUACAUUAUCACUUGUCCGCUCUGUACAAAGGGAACUGACACAAAGGUUGAUAAGGCGAAAGAUCCAUUUCAAGAUUUCCUGGCUGAGUUGCCCAAAAUGGUCAACCAAUUGGAAUCAAUGAGAGGAGCUCCAACUUGUGCUGAAUGUGACAAAAAGUACAUUGUUGAUGAAAUGCUUCGAUGCGUUGAUUGCAAAACUGAGAUUUGUGCUAUGUGUGUUUUUAGAAAUCAUCGCUCACAUAAGGCCUGUCCUCUUUUGGGAGAAAAGGCUGGUGAAAUGUUCGAGACACUAAAAAGCGAUUCAAGAGAUGCCAUCAACACGUACAAGAAUUUGUUUCCUGAAUUGCACAAAGAGCUUCUAGAUGACAUCAGCAAAUUUGAAACGAGCUUGCUUUUGAAAGAAGAAGCGCUCAAGGAUGCUUCAACUUUUAUCGAUUUAGAGGACAAACACAAGUCAUUUACCACGUUGAAGACACAUUUUGAAAACACCGCUGAGAAAUAUUUGCCUUGUUUGCGCAAAUUCAAUACAGAAAUCAAGGAAAUGAUCGAAACGCUUGACAAGGUUGUUUGUUGUGUU